AGGAUUUAAAAGAACGAAGCGUGGUCGUUCUGCCAUUCCGUUUCAUUCUUCCUCAUCCUGACUCAACCCUACCCUCUCCUCUCUCAACCGCCGCGCCGCAACGAUGACGACGCCUCGCGCCUCCAUUCCCAGCCCCUCCGCGUCUCUAAUUCCGGACGACCACGAUUCAGUUGAGGAUGAGAAGGAUUUUGCUCCACUGGUAAAGAAAUUCAAAGUUGACAAGGUUUUAGUAGGAGAAGAAGAACACAACACUGAUUCCGUUGAGAAUGACAUGGAUUUUGCGAAAUCGAAAGAUUUAGUAGGAGAAGAAGACAACACUACCGUUCCAAUGUCACAAGAUUCCGCAAUUGAUUUAGACCCCAGAACAGCUUUCAGUAUCUGGUGCUGUGUGUAUGCACAAGGUUACGAGGACAGAGAGGAGGAAGAAUAUAGGUAUAAAGUGUUCAGGCAAAAUCUUGAUAAGCCCAUACCCUCAAGUAAUGGCAAGAAUUAUCCGCACUAUGCUGAUCGAACUGAAGAAGAAUUUGCACAGUUCAGAAGCUCUUUUAGGGAGCCGGAUUCUUAUUCUUCUGUCUCCAGCAAAGAACUCAGGAAACACGCUAUCCUUCCACGGCCAACUUCUCUUUCUGCUUCCAUGAAAUUUACUGCCGAGGAAGCUUUCCAAAUCUGGCGCAAAGCCUAUGGAAUGGAAUACCGUGACUCAGAAGAGUUUGAGUUGAGGUUCAAAAAUUUCCAGAAAGCUUUAUAUUUGGACCACCCCCCAAUUGAUUAUGGUGUGAAUUUACCAAGUUUGGCUGAUCGAACCAAAGAAGAACUUGAGGAGGUUGGAGACUCUUUUAGUCACGUGUUUAAUAAUUAUGUAUCCCGUGAAUUCCUCGUUGUUGAGACCCUGAUGAUGAAAGACAACACUCCUUUUCCAACCCAUCCUAUCGAUCCUAAAGGACCAUCCCCCAAGUCGUGCCAGGAGUUUUCUGGGUUUGGCUGAUUGAACCAAAGAAGAAUUUGAUGAGUUUAGAGAAUUUCAUGUGCUGCCGUGCAAUAAUUACAUAUCCCUGUUUGAAUUUCAAAUUUAAGUUGUAAGUUUGAGGUUUUGUAAUUAAGAUUGAAUAAGUCCUUUUAAAGUGAAUCCAGCACAAAUGGAUCACCCUUUUUAAGGAUUGAAAUAAGCUGAAAUCUAUAUUCUAUCUUGGGAGUUUGUCGUCUUAGCCUACCUCACUUAGUGGGAUAAGACAAGACUUUUGUGGUUGUUCUUAGUAGUCAUGGAACAAGUUAUUAUUUUAAUUUUAUUUUACAUGUUGUUAGACCA